AUUUUGCUUUCAGAGAGCUAUAACGGGGGACACUCACUGUUUUUGAAACAACCCACAGCAAAAAGUAGCAACACUUCUGUUGAUGCUAAUAUUUUAGUGUUUAUUAGUUGUAUUCAUUCCCUAAGAUACUUUGUUUAAAACGCGCAUACCUGUAGUUCAAAGAAUUUUCACAAACUGAUUAAAAGCAGCUUAAUUUUUGCCAUAAACAUAAAAAUCUUCGGAAAUACCAGUGUAAAAUAUAAUUCUUAAGAAAAAGGAUAUUAUACAAAUACUACUAAGGACACUUAGAGAACAGGUAGUUGAAAUUCAAUGCAAAACAAAUAUAUAAUACAUAUUUUAAGUGAAUUGUUAAAUUAACAUGUCACUAAUGACAUGCAAAAGUGACUAUUUGGAAAUUUCCAAGAAAUUUUCCGUGUAAAACUAAUGAACAAAAUUAGGAAUCACAAGAUCAUAAAAAAGGAAAACAUUAGUAUUUGUGAAAAUUACUAUAAAUAGUUAAGGACAUGCUGCAGGACAUUAUCAGUUGCGUUUAGUGAAUAAAGCAGUGAACAUCAUAGAAAUAAGAAUAUAAAAAAUGAAACCUUUUCAACAAGUAUUUUAUUUAACUGCCAUAGUAGCUUUAGGAUCUCAUAUUACAGCCGUACCCGUUGAUCCACUGUCUCUGGACAGUAGCGAUGAAGUUGCAAAUCGUGAAAAUGAACAAACAGAAGAUCAGAAAUCACCGCCUACUUCAAGUCCAGUUUCAAAUUCUGAUAAAGAUUUAGAAACAUUUAACUCAAAUCAAGAAACAACAUAUGUGCUACCCGAACAUCAUUCAUCUGGUGGCACUGUUAGUGGUCAUUUUGACCCCUCCUUAUAUGCCGGUUAUUUAACACCUGAAGCUUUUCAACAAUAUCUAGCACAAUUUGCUGGAGCCUUUGGACCUUAUGGCUAUCCCGGCUAUGGUCCAGCUCCCGUCUAUCCAGCACCAUAUGCUGUACAAACUGGUUAUGAAGGCUUUUUAGUGCCUUCACCAACCACUAGCUUAACAGCUAGUGGCACAGUUAAUUCCUCAAGCGGCAACAUCUUAACCGCUCUCUCUAAUCUUAUUCCUGCUCUCAUGAACUCUACUAUAUUCCGUGUAGUUGCCACCGUUAUAGGAGCUAUAUUAAUGUUGAUUUUUGGUGGCGCUGUUACUACUGCCAUCUGCAAUCUAACACCUCUAUGCGAUAUUUCCUUUAAAGCAGUUACCUAUCUGAGGGGAAAUGGUGCUGCCGAUAUGGGUCGCAUGUUGGCUGAAGAAAUGACACCCGAAAGAGUAAGACGUGCAUCGGAAUUUGUACGCAGUGCUAUACGUAAAUAUACGGAAAUGCAAAAGGUUAUGGCAGCAGAGAAAAAUAUGAAUCAAUGAGCAAGGAGUGGGUUUUGAAAAACUUUAUAAAUUCACUAUUUUAAAGUUUAAAUUAUGACAAGAACUUUUAGAAUCUCGUAAUUUAAUAUGUAUGUAUUUAAAAAAAAAAAUAACGCAAAGAAAAUGUAAUUUAAGUAUUAGUAAUUUACAAGCUAGAUAUUAAGUAAUUAAUGACAAUUAUUCUUUUAAAUAAAA